AUGAUGAUGAUGAAUCGCUGCAACCUCAAGGCGGGCCAGUCGCUCCGCAUGGCCGCUACCGCCGGUCUGGGUGGUGCCUCGAGGCGAUCACCGGCUGUGACGACGGCGUGGUUGCACUCGGCCGCCCGCUCCGGUCCCUUAAGCCCCGCAUCCGCUGCAUCCGAAGUACGAGCAGCAGGAUCAUACCGUACGUUGGCGACCGAGUCGUCGUCCAAGCCGCCUACCCGCAAGGUCAACGCGGUCGCCUCGCGGGGCUCCGUCUUCGCACCGCUCGACACGUUCACGCGUCGACAUGUCGGCCCCCAGCCGGCGUCGAUCGAGAAGAUGCUCGACACGCUCGGCUACACGUCGAUGGACGCCUUCAUCAACGACUGCGUCCCUUCUUCGAUCCGUAUUAACGAUCAAGAAGUUUCCGAGACGGGAGGUCGCGCGAUCGUUGCACUCAGCGAGCAGGAACUCUUGCGCCGUGCGACUGAGCUCGCCAAGAAGAAUCGAGUGCACCGAUCUUUCAUUGGGUUAGGUUACCACCAAGCUGUAGGUUACUCUUAAUAUAUUCUCCCUUCGAAGAGCUUAUCGCCUCGCCGCCCGACGCGAGCGGAUUCCCCGAGUUAUCGUGCCUCAGCCCGGAUGUGUGCUCUUAUCACAGGCGCGGGCGGGCCGCUUCCCGUCGGCGCGAACCGGUCCACCGGAAGGAGCGAUUUCCGGAGAUCGAGUCUGCUGCGGCGCCGGAGGAAACAAAAGUGAACCGGGUAGGAACGAGGCUGAAACCCGGUUCGGCGGCUUUCUCUACACAGGUUGUGCCUCCUGUCAUUCUCAGAAAUGUUCUGUGAGUUGCAACUCGGUAUUCACAUGCCUGCAAGAGCUGCUCCUCACCGUAGCGAUCUACUCGUACCUUCGUAGCGAGAACCAUGGAUGGUUCUCUCAGUAUUCUCCCUAUCAGGCCGAGAUCUCCCAAGGUAAAUCACAAAGGUGCACUAGAACCGGAACAAUCGUUGAAUACCACUAACGUGCGCAACUUGUGCUACAGGUCGUCUGGAGUCGCUCAUCAACUUUCAGACCAUGACGACUUCGCUCACCGGGAUGGAUAUUGCCAACGCUUCCCUCCUCGAUGAGGGUACUGCGGCUGCUGAGGCCAUGAUCAUGGCUUUCGGUCAAUUGCGCGAGAAGCGCCGCACCUUCCUCGUCGACCGAGGUGUCAACCCCCAGACCAUCGCGGUCGUCAAGACCCGCGCCGAGCCCUUCGGGAUCAAGAUUCGCGUUGGCAACGUCAACAAGCUGCUCCAGCAAGCCGAGGAGGACCCAGCACGCGCCAAGGACGUGAUGGGUAUCUUGUUGCAGUACCCCGAGAUGCGUGGUGAGGUCGCGGACUGGAAGGACAUCGCCGACCGAACCCACAAGAUCGGCGGUCUCGUCACUUGCGCGACCGACUUUUUGGCCUUGACGAUGCUCAAGCCCCCCGGCGAAUGGGGUUGCGAUAUGGUUUUCGGCAACAGCGCUCGUUUCGGUGUGCCCAUGGGCUUCGGAGGUCCCCACGCCGCCUUCUUCGCUUGCACCGAUGCGCUCAAGCGCCGCAUGCCCGGUCGUCUCAUUGGUCUGUCCAAGGAUGCCGAGGGCCGUCCCGCCUACCGACUCGCGUUGCAGACGCGUGAGCAACACAUUCGCCGCGAGAAGGCGACGAGUAAUAUCUGCACUGCCCAAGCUCUCCUUGCGAACAUCUCGGCCAUGUACGCCGUCUACCACGGCCCCGAGGGUCUGCGCCAAAUCGCCGAGAAAGUUCAUGGCAUCACGCGAGUCGUUGCCGCCGGAAUCGAGUCCCUUGGUCACAGCGUCGUGAACGAGACCUACUUUGACACGCUCACUAUCCGACUCAAUGGUGUCGCUGCCUCGUUGGUCCACGAAGCUGCUGAGCGCGAGCACAUCAACUUGCGACGCGUCGACUCUGACCACGUCGCCCUCACGUUUGAUGAGAGCAACUCGCUCGAGGACAUCGUCGACUUGAUGAAUGUGUUUGUCAGCGUCCGCGGUCGCACCAAGGACGUCCCCUACACGCUCGAGACGCUUGUCGCUUACGCUGAUAAGCUCGGCAUCCAAGCCCCCGGCCGAAUGUCGUCAGCAGAGGGCAAGGCCUCGUCGGGACACAAUAUCCCGGCCCACAAAUCUCCCGCCAUCCCUGCCGAUCUUGCCCGAACAUCGCCUUUCUUGACUCAAUCCGUUUGGAACUUGUACCACUCCGAGACCGACAUCUUGCGCUACAUGCACCACCUCCAGGAUAAGGAUCUCUCGCUCGUCCACUCGAUGAUCCCGUUGGGCUCGUGCACCAUGAAGCUCAACUCGACCACGUCGAUGACCCCCUUGACCUGGGCCGAGUUCAGCAAGAUGCACCCCUUCGCCCCGCCGGAACAGACGAUUGGCUACCUCGAGAUGAUGGAAGACCUCGCUCGAGAUCUUUCGACCAUGACUGGCUUGCCAGGGUGCUCUCUCCAGCCCAACUCUGGUGCACAAGGAGAGUACGCCGGUCUGUCCGUCAUCAGGGCGUACCAUCACGCCCGAGGCGACCAACACCGAGAUAUCUGCCUUGUACCCGUCUCGGCUCACGGAACGAACCCUGCUUCGGCAAUCAUGUCUGGUAUGAAGGUCGUGCCCGUGAAGGUCUUGUCAACCGGCUACCUCGACCUUGAGGAUCUCAAGCUCAAGGCCGAUCAGCACAGUGACAACCUCUCCGCCUUCAUGAUAACUUACCCCUCGACCUACGGUGUGUUCGAGAGCGGCGUUGAAGAGGCGUGCAAGAUCAUCCACGAGGCUGGCGGUCAAGUCUACCUCGACGGUGCCAACUUCAACGCCAUGAUCGGUCUCACCUCGCCCGGUCGCGUUGGUGGUGAUGUGUGCCAUCUCAACUUGCAUAAGACGUUCGGCAUCCCUCACGGUGGAGGAGGACCCGGUAUGGGUCCCAUCUGCUGCGCCGAACACCUCACGCCUUACCUCCCGUCCCACCCCGUCACCCCGACCGGUGGCUCCGAGCCGAUCGGUCCAAUCUCCGCUGCGCCCUUCGGAUCGGCGUCGAUCUUGUCCAUCUCAUGGGCUUACAUCAAGAUGUUGGGAGGUGACGGUCUCACUCAUGCUACCAAGGUUGCUUUGCUCAACGCCAACUAUGCCAUGAAGCGCCUAGAGCCUUACUACCGUGUUAAAUUCGUCAACGAGCAAGGUCGGUGCGCUCACGAGUUCAUCAUCGACUUGGCCGAGUUUGACGACAGUGCUGGAUUGAAGGUCAUGGACUUUGCCAAGCGUCUCCAGGUAUGCAUAUAGAGCUUCUUUCUCCGCGAUGACUUGCAGCUGCUAACAUGCACCGCUUCAUCAACUCUACAGGAUUUUGGUAUCCACCCCCCUACUUGCUCGUGGCCGCUAAACACUGCGAUGUUGAUCGAGCCUACCGAGUCCGAGGGUCUUCGGGACAUAGACAUGUUCUGCGACGCCAUGAUCAAGAUCCGCCAAGAGGCCGACGAGAUCGCCGCGGGCAAGCAACCUCGCGACAACAACAUCAUCAAGAACGCCCCUCACACGCAACAAGUCGUGAUGGCGAACCAGUGGAACAGACCGUACUCUCGCGAGGAGGCAGCUUACCCCGACAAGCGCUUGAGGCAGAGGAAGUUCUGGCCUUCCGUUUCGAGAGUCGAUGAUUCCUACGGUGACCGAAACCUCGUCUGCGAGUGCGGUACCGUUGAUGAGUACGCGUCGUAG